AUGGGUUACUGGGAUGCCACCGCGCUAGCUGGUGCCAUGGACCCUCUUCUGACCCAAGAUAUCUACACUGAUCUCUUGACAUUUACCUUCUGUGGUCCCAACCCAUACAAUCAAAACCAGCCACUCUUCAUUGAUGCCGAAGAUCCGUCCCGAUCUUUCACAGGCACUCAAUUUCGCCAGCUGGUUCGAACUUUGAUUGCGGGCUUUAAAGCACAUGGCCUGCAAAAGGGUGAUUGUGUGCUCCUUCAUCUGGGCAACAGCAUCUUAUAUCCCGCUCUUUUCUUCGCCAUCAUUGGUGCCGGUGGUGUUUACAUGGGCUCCAAUCCCCGCAGCCAAACAGCUGAACUUGAGCAUAUUGUUUCGCUCGCGGAGCCCAAAUUCAUCUUCACAACCAGCGAUGCACUUCCAAUGGUUCAGGAAGUCAGCGCCACCUCUGGCAUUCGUCAAGAACGAAUCUGCGUGAUUGACAACAGCGCAGUGGACCACUGCGCACAGCUCUUCCUGUCGUACGAAUUAGGUUACCCAGGGAAAGAUGCUCUUGCCAUGCAGAACCUAAAACCCACAUAUCUCAAUUUCCCGCGGCUACUUUCAUAUGGCGAAAGUAACUGGAUGAUGUUCACCAGUCUCGGAGAGGCGCAGAACACGCCUGCCGCUAUGUUUUCCACCAGCGGAACAGGUGGUCUUCCCAAGGCCGCCAUCUUGUCCCACCAUGCCAUCGUGUCGCACCAUCGUUCGAUCCAAUAUGACGUGCCUUUCCCGGUUAGCCGACUCAUGUCGCUUCCCAUGUUUCACUUAUUCGGUGCGCUGUGGACACACUUGUUCCCUGUGCGCUACGGCCACCCACUUUUCGUGUUGCCACGCUUUGAGAUCAAUUCUUUCUUGACUGCGAUCCACCGCUAUCAGAUCUCAGAGACCUACUUGGUACCGGCAAUUGUGAACUCGAUUAACCGAUCCACCUUGCCCAUUGCUAGCUACCUGUCUUCCUUACGAUAUGUGGGUGUGGCUGGUGCGCCAAUUGAUGCACAGAGCAUGGGUCAGUUUCAGAGCCUCCUCCAUUCACAGGCCUAUGCUUGUCAGUUGUGGGGCAUGACCGAAGUUGGGGUCAUCUUCCAGUGCCGCUACGGCCAACAAAAUUGCCACGGCAGUAUUGGCACCCAGCUAGCCGGGUACGAAGUGCGCUUGAUCGACCAAGAGGGCAGAAUCGUGCAGAACGAUGACCGCCCCGCCGAGCUGUACGUACGAGGCCCCGGUCUUCUUACGUCCUACAAGGGACGAACCGACGCCAAGGAAGCCGGUGGGUGGUUCCGCACCGGCGACGUCGCAUACAUGAAGCACGGCUACUAUUUCAUUGUCGGCCGCACCAAGGAGCUGAUCAAAGUGCGAGGUUGGCAAGUGGCCCCCGCCGAAGUGGAGACGGUUCUUCUUCAGCACCCGGGAAUCAUCGACGCCGCCGUCACAGGCGUGAACCUGCCCGACGGCAGCGGUGAAGUCCCCCGCGCCUUCGUAGUGCGAUCGCGCGACCCCACCCAAAAGCGGCUGACGGCCGAGGAAGUCUACAAAUUCAGCCGCGCCAAGUUGGCCAGCUACAAGGCCCUAGAUGGCGGUGUGAUUUUCGUCGAGGAGAUCCCCCGCACCGCUAGUGGGAAAAUCCAGCGCUUCAAGCUAUCCCAGAUGAACUCAUACCGACAGAUGAUUGCGAAUUUGUUAUCGCGGUUCGAAGGGAAGACUUCGGCCUUUGCGCUUCCCACUAGUGCGAAUGUUCCGGUUGGAAUGGCACCCGAUGGCCGGGUUAUUGUGUAA